AUGGAAUCCGAGAAGAAGCGCCGUGCGAGCAAACCUAAAGUCAAAUCUGGCUGUCGGACAUGCAAGAUCCGUCGAGUCAAAUGCGACGAGGGUCGACCGGCGUGCAAGAGGUGCGUGUCAACCGGUCGCGUUUGCGAUGGCUAUGGAAUUUGGAGCGAAGGCAGGAAAACCACCCAUGGCGGUAAUUCUGGCGCACCGAGGGUUUUCCAGUCUCUUCUGUCUAGUUACAAUGCACCGGUACCAAUUCCCCAUGCCGCAUGUGCUGAACAGAAAUGUGUGGAAUGGUUCAUCCAGUGUACCAUUUUCAAGAUCGGAGGAGUGUUUUCUUCCCAAUUCUGGGGCAGGACAGUUGUUCAAGCACUUUCUCAAGAGCCAGCAGUGCGACAUGCUGUUAUGGCAUUGGCUUCUACGCAUAGAUAUAGGGCUCAGAGGAGCGACAAGGGUACUACAAUGGCGAGCCAGCUAAGCGAGCAUGAGAAGUUUACUCUUCAACACUACAACAAAGCUAUUGGCUGUCUCCAUGCUGAAAUGAGACGCCACAGCCAACGACCGCAGAGUGUGAUGGUUGCCCUCAUUACUUGCAUGGUAUUCGUGACUCUCGAACUGAUGCGAGGCCAAUACCGAACGAGUCAUGCUCAUCUACAGCACGGGCUGAAGCUGGUGAAGGAGAUUCAAAAACUCUCCGGAACCUCUAAGACCGGAAAGAUUAUGAUAAGGACUUCGUCGCAAACAAAUGAGGAUGAUGUUAUCGAGGCCUUUAGCAGACUGGGAGUGCACUAUGCUCUGCUUGGACAUGGGACAAAAUACUCGAACCUUGACUAUGACAUCCAAUCUCGUCAUUUACCGUACAAAUUUGAGUCAACUGAACAAGCAAGACAAUACCUGGAUGUUCUCUUAGCAAGAGCACAGUGUCUGGUGGAAUUGGCUCGUCACAUCGAGACGGGCAUGUGUGUGGCGACUCGGGGCUACGAGCAAUAUCUUGAGUCUCAAUGGCGCCUGGAAAAGGACUUGAAAAUAUGGCUUGAUGUUUAUAGAUCGUCACUUGGUGGAUUUCCAGCUCAAGAUUUGAUUAAAAGUACAUUGGCUACAAGGUUACUCGUGAUGUACCAUACCAUGGCCUUGAUCAUGACCACGACCUGCACGCCAUGGGACGACGAAACGGCGUUCGACUUACAGACCGACAGGUUCAUUUCCAUUAUCCGCGAGGCAAUCGACAUAUGUCAAGCCCUCAGAACCGCAUACCCAGAUUUCCCGACGAGUGGAUCUCUCGAUUGCCCAUUGGGGAUGGCAUUUACGAUGGACAUUGGCUUCAUCCAGCCAUUAUAUUACACUGCAAUCAAGUGCCGGAUUCCUCAGAUCCGACGACACGCGAUCGGGUUGCUUCGAUUGGCACCUCACCGUGAGGGCAUAUGGAAUGGUGCCCUCACUGCUAGAAUUGCGGAGGAGGUAGUUACAUAUGAAGAGUGGAAUAUCGAUGCAAGCUUUACAGGUGGAAAAAGCUUGGAUCUCCUCAGCCUGCCAGAAGCGGGUAGUUCAAUUACAAUCCUGUCUUCUCUGUGUCGCAUCUCAGAUGUUCAUGUCGAAUUGCCCGAUGAGAACACGGGAGAGGCUACUGUGACAUUCUGGCAGCGCGAAGACGGUAGAAGCUGGAAGGUUGACGAGAGAAAAUUCCAGACGGAGGAUCCAUAA